UAUGACGAAUAUUGUUGGCUUAAGAUCCUUCGCAAAAGAGAGCCAAGAGUCUUACUCUCCUGAAUAUACGGAACAAAGUCCAAGGGAUUUCCUCUGCAGAGAAGUUUCAAAAUAUGGACUUGACAUAUUGAAUACUCCGAUUUGUAUAGCCAAACUGCAGCACUUGAACACAACACAGGAAGAUUUUAUUCAAGAAUUUGAUCAGGAUGCUGUAGUAUUUCGCAAUGAAUAUAAAGCAAAGACUAACAAACUCUUGAAUCAGUCUUCUUCAGUAUUCCUUAUAUGUACCAUACAAACCAUUGGAGAACGGAAUUUGCUGCUGAUUUAUGUCACUAUUCCUCGAUGCCAAACAAGCAUACAGCGUCUCUUUGAUGUUCGACUUCUAAGAAGCAGCGAUAAUAUAACUCAAGUGGUUCAAGGAAGCAUACAUCCAAUAUACAAAAAAGUUAUUGGCUAUACAGUUCUCGGGAAUAAACAUUUCAAAAUCAAUCAUCGCUUGCUGUACGUUGAUAUCAAAAUGAAACUGGAAUAUAAUUUUUACGUUGAUAUUAUUAAUAUUCCCAGCCUCCGUCUAUAUGACUUAAAUACACAUUUAGAGAAAAAAUGGGACAUAAGUGAACCUAAAUAUUUUAAAGGGGAUAAGCUGUUUAUAAACACAUUCGCCGAUCAUAUCAAUGAAGCUCAAAAGUAUAAUGACGAAUUCUUGAGAAACUGGAAGAAUGAAAACAGAUCAACAUUAAGAGUUAUAGAGAAAGUAUCAGAAGUAUACUCCAGAAUUUUAGACAGCAAUCAACUGCAAUAUUUUAUUGAAAAUAUUGAUAAUAUACGGUCGAAAUUCCCGAAUAAAAUGUUUGAGAUGUGCUAUUCAGUAUUAGAGGAAGAUUUUAGCACUUUAGCGGAGUUGUGUGACAAGAACCCUAGGAUUCCGUUUGGGGUUCGGCUAAUGCCUCUAUGUAAUGUUGAACACUUGUUCUCAUCGCAGAUGAUUGAAGGAGAUAGGGAAUUAUUAACCUUCAUAAAGUUUAAAUAUGGAGCAUAA